AUUUUUCAGGCUGUGGCUUCACUGCCUGAAGAAAUGAGACCUGGUCCUGAUCUGUAUGGUUUCCCGUGGGAAAUAGUAAUUUGUGCUGGCACUGUUGGAGCCUUUACAGUUUUUUUGUUCCUGUAUAGAAGUUAUCAAUCAGUUAGAAGUCGACUUUAUGUAGGAAGGGAAAAACAGCUUGCUAAUAAAAUUGCUGAACUAGUUGAAGAUAAAUGCCAAAUUCUUGAAAAACUCAGCCUUUGCAAAAAAGAGUUUGAAGUUUUAGAAUUGUCUCUGAAGGAUGACCACGUUAUGAAAGAAUCAACAGAUGCAUCUUUUUUUGAGGAAAUGCAUGAAAAACUGAACGAGUCGAACUUGGAACUUAACCAAGAAAUAGAGAAUCUAGAAAAACAACUGGAAGAAGAAAAAUCUAAGCAAUCAGAAAAUGAUAACUUGGUGGCUGAAAUUCAGCAGAGAGUGGAGUCUUUAGAGAAUGAAGCAAAAUCUAUCCAGUCACAAAUUGCUGAGGCCAAGUCCACCCUAAAAGUAUAUCAGAUUAAUACAGAGAGACUCAAGACAUCCAUUCAAGAUGCAGUAGAUGAAAACUGCCAUCUCCAGGAAAGUGAGAAACAGCUUUUACAAGAAGCUGAAGGUUGGGGUGAACGAUUUAGUGAACUAAAUGAACAAACUAAGAUGUUUGAAUCGUCUAAAGCAGAUAUAGAAGAAGUAUUGAAAAAUAAAGAGAGUCAAGUCAAGUCACUGACACAGUACUUACUGAAGAUGAAAGACUGGAGUUCAGCAAUAAGAGAAGAUGAUGAUGCUGAAGAUAACCACUGGGACACGGAUAUAAAAGGUGAAACAGAGAAUGGAGAGCACUUAGAUGAUCAGCAAAAACGAACUGUAAAGAAAUUGAUCUAUGCUGCAAAGUUAAAUGCUUGCUUAAAGACCCUGGAAACAGAAAGAGAUCAAAUGUAUUCAAAACUCUCUGAUGAAAAUAAAGCUAAAGGAGAACUUACAGAACGCAUAGAAAACCUUCAAAGUCAGCAAGCUUCCUUGCAGUCUGAAAAUGAACACUUUGAAAGUGAAGUUCAAAAGCUUCAGCAGAAACUUAAAGUAAUGACUGAGCUUUAUCAAGAAAAUGAAAUGAAACUACACAGGAAGCUGACAGUAGAAGAGAGGGAACGCCUACAGAAGGAAGAAAAGCUUUCUAAAGUAGAUGAAAAAAUUAACCAUGCUGCUGAAGAACUAAACAGCUACAGACAGCGAGCAAAAGAUCUUGAAGAAGAGCUAGAAAGAACCAUUCGUUCUUACCAGAAUCAGAUUACUUCACAUGAGAAAAAAGCUCAUGAUAAUUGGCUGACAGCCCGAGCAGCUGAAAGACACCUCAACGAUAUAAAAAAAGAAAAUGCACAUAACAGACAAAAAUUAACUGAAGCAGAAUUUAAACUUGACCUUUUAGAAAAAGAUCCUUAUGCUCUUGAUGUUCCAGUUAGACCAUUUGGCAGAGAGCAUUCCCCAUAUGGACCCUCACCAAUGGGCCGGCCUUCAUCUGAAACAAGAGCUUUUCUUUCCCCUCCAACUUUAUUGGAGGGUCCUUUAAGGCUUUCACCUAUGCUUCCAGGUGCAGGAGGAGGAAGAGGAUCCAGAGGACCAACUGCCACGUAUGAAGCUGGUAACGAAAGAGGAGAGCCAAGUUCUGAUAGAUUAACUGAUCCCCACAGACCACCAUCUGAUACUGGAUCCCUGUCUCCUCCCUGGGACAGAGAACGCAGGAUAAUGCUGCCUCCACCAGGUGAGCCUUACACUGAUCCAGUUCUUCCUCCUCGAAGACAAGAAAGAUUUUUCCCUAAUCCUCCAAAUACUGGAAGACUUUCUGGACCAGCAGAACUACGAACUUAUAAUGUGCAGUCUUUUGAUAAAACAGAUGGACAAACCUCUUCAGAAAAUAGCCCGCGGACAGAACCAAGUGGAAAUGGGAUGAAAGAUCAUUCUAACCUUAGUAACUCACUACCUAAUCAGUUGCUGGCAUCUGAAAGUGAAGCUGUCAGUUCAGGAUUUGCUCCUCCACCUUUCCCUCCAGUCAGACCUCCGUUGAUGCCUGCAGAUCCCAGAGCACCUUUCAUGAGACGAGGACCUCCUUUUCCUCCCCCUCCUCCUGCUGGCAUGUAUGGACCACGUGAAUGUUUUCCAGUACGAGACUUCGGGCUCCCGCGCCCUCCACUUCCUCCUCCAAUAAGAAACCCAUUUCCAAUGCGAUCUUAUCCUCACUAUCCACCUCAACGACCUGGAUUUCUGCCACCACCACUGCCACCCCCUGAAAAUAUAACUGAGCCACCUCAGUCAAAUCCAUCAGCUGUAGACCAAUCAGAACCACAGCAGGAGCCUUGACAGUCAUUUGAGCAACAUGCUGAACCUUUUCUGUACUCUUUCAAUGGCAUUUUUCCUUGUGUUAAGUAACCAUUGUUACUUAGAUAUAUAUAAACUACUUUGCUCAAAUUGAAGCUUAAUAGAAAAUUCUCAGGAUAGUAUUUUGUAAAUAA